UAGUUCAAUGGUGUAUGGUAUGAUUUUUGGAGCAUGGUUUGGCAUUGACAACCAUGGAAAAGUUCUCUUCUUUGGUUGUGCAUUGAUGCAGGACGAGACCCCCCAGUCACUUGCUUGGUCUUUACAGGCUUUCCUCAGGUUCAUGAAAGGAAGAUAUCCGCAAACAAUUAUAACCGAUAUUGAUCCUGGUCUCAGAGAAGCCAUCAGAAGUGAAAUGCCAAAUACUAAGCAUGUCAUCUCCUUUCAUAAUAUCCUGCCCAGGAUAUCCUGCUGGUUCUCUCCUCCACUUGGCCCAAGGUUCUCUCGCUUUAAGUACGAGUUUGAAGAGUUGUGCCAUCUAGAAACUACUGAUGAAUUUGAAUUUCGGUGGAAUCAGAUGGUUUCAAACUUUGAACUCAAUUCAGAUAAGCACAUAGUUUUACUUUUCUCUCUUCGCAUGUGUUGGUCUUUACCUUACAUUAGGGGUUGCUUUCUUGCUAGAAUGGAUUCUCCAUCAUACUGGAAAUCCUUAGAUGUGAUUUUGAAAGAAGUGAUUAAUACACAGACCUGUUUGCGUGGCCUGUUGGAACAGACAGGAUUAUUUUCAUCAAAUUAUAGAAUGAAGUCGCACGACCAGACACAGUAUAUGCAUCUCAAAACAUGCUUACCCAUAGAAGAAAAUGCACGUAGUGUUCUUACUCCUUUUGCAUUUGACCGUUUACAACAAGAAAUGGUGUUAACCAUGCAGUAUGCUGCAUCUGAAAUGGCUAAUGGUUCAUAUCUUGUACACCAUUUCAAGAAGGUCGACGCUGAGCGUCUUGUGAUAUGGUUACCAGAAGAUGAACAAAUUCACUGCUCCUGCAAGCAAUUUGAGUCCACUGGAAUUUUGUGCAGGCAUGCACUUCGUGUGCUGUUAUUUAAGAACUAUUUUCAGCUUCCAAGCAAAUAUCUUUUGAAUCGAUGGCGCCGAGAAAGCUCAUUAUUCUGUUACAAUGGAGAAAGUAACAUAAAAAUGAAGGAUGAGUGGUAUAAGGAAUUCCAUUCUCUCACUGGGAAUUUGUUCUCUGAAGCAAUGCUGACAAAGGAGAGAUUUGAUGUUGUUCAUAGAGAACUUACUAAAGAGAUUGCAAGGCUUACGAAUCAAGUGAGAGAUAUGCCUGCUGGGGAUGAAGGAAUUACAGAUGUCACUCUGUCACCGACCAAUGCAUUGUAAUUGUCACUGUGCAUCAUAAUCGAGUGUUGAAAGUAGUGACAGUGAGUAUUCUGUGAAAUUGUCUUCCACCUUGAUGACUGUGAUUCUCUGAGAACUGCAAGCACUUACGAAAAUAUUAUCAGAGAGAAAUAUAAUUGGGAGGGAUACUCAGAAAGUUUCCCUGAUCUGUGAUUGUCACUGUGCAUCAUAAUCGAGUGUUGAAAAGAGUGACAACAAAAAUAAUGCCUAUCCAGAUCCGUCAUCUUUGUAGAUAAUGUGAGGUGCAGAUGCACGGUUGUGGUGCUGCACACCGUACGAACUAAUGGGAGACGAACAAUAACUGAAUGAGAGGCCACCCAUAUAAUUUAGGAGUAAGAUUGUUAUGAGAAGUACGGUGCAGUAUUCCGAGGACAGGAGAAGAAACUACUGGCAGGUCGCGGCCAUGGAAAUCCUCUCUGGAGGUGUGUGAUCGCUUGUUUUUUCUUCUAAGAUAACGAUAGCCCUGAUUUCAACACAUGUUUGGGUAUGAAGGAUUCAUUCUAGCCCUGAUUUACAACACAUUAUUUUUUUCUUUUAUACAGUCUUUAAAAUUUA